AUGAGCGCUUACAAUUACGUAAUAACAGCAAAGCCUGCUACAGCUGUACAUGAUGCAGUCAAAGGUUACUUCCUUAGCUCAUACGUACAAAAUCUUAUUAUAAGCAAGGGAACAUGCAUUGAGAUAUACAGCUUAGACGGUUUACACUUGAAACACAAGCACGAUUUCAGCUUGUACGGUCGCAUUAGAGCCAUGGAGAUAUGUAGUCUUCCGGAAAAACCUCAGGGUAUUCUUUUUGUGCUGACUGAAUCACAUGAGUACGUGAUCCUGUAUUACGAUGCCGAACAUAACUCUGUAGAUACAUACGCCAAAGGAGUGAUACAACAUAAAUUCGUCCGUAAAACGAACUUUGGGCCAAUGACUAGUAUCGACCAGAGUGGAAAGAUUGUUAUUACUAGUAUUUUUGGAGGAGUCAUAAGUGUUCUGUCGUUAAUGGAUGCAAGAAUCUCUGUGUUAAAUUCCGUAAAAGGAAAGGCGAAAGACACCGGGAGACCCAAUACCCCCGUAUUCUUCAAUUUACGUAUUCCAGAAAAUGAAAUUAUCUCACUUACCACCGUGUGCGCCAACGACGCCCUAAGAUUUGUGGUUUUGUACUCUGAUGAAAACGAAAGACGACACAUUAAGACAUACGAUAUAAACAUAGCAACAAAGGCUUUGGUAACGAAGAGCCAGUUUCAUGCAAGCGUAGAAGAUCACGAUCAGAUUGUUGUUUCAGUCCCGGAACCAUACAAAGGUGUUUUGGUUAUCGGUGAAUUGACAAUAUCAUAUUAUGAUCUCGAGGGAAGCUCUAAAACCAUUAGCGUUCCGGCAAUGGAUGUCAAAGGGUACGGGAUGGUUAACACACAUGGACCUAAUGUGCAGUUCUUGAUUGGAGACUCUACGGGAAUGUUACAUAUGCUUACUCUGGUACCCGUGUCAAAAGUGAUCCCAGAAUUGAUAUUUGAGAAUAUUGGGCAGACGCAUGUCCCAUCAUCAAUCGUCAGUUUGGGAGGCGGGAUUGUGUAUCUGGGAUCCCCAGAAGGAGAUUCGUGCUUGAUAAAACUUUCAAAGAAUGCAUACAACGUGUCUAGUUUCGAUGUUAUUGAAGAAUAUCCAAGUCUUGCACCGAUAACGGACUUUUGUUUGUUUGACCUUGAUAAACAAGGCAUGAAAACCAUGGUUUGUUGCUCUGGUGUAGAAAAUGAUGGUAGUUUAAGAAUGGUCCGAGGUGGCAUUGGAUUCUCAAAGGAAUUUGCGGUUCCAAUGAAAGGAGUAACCAAAAUUUGGCCUCUUUUAUCUAGAAAUAAUAAGUGGCAAGAUGGUCUUGUAAUAUCGCUUUUGAAUUCCUCUCGACUUGUACAAUAUAAUUAUGAAACGAUGACUACGGCAGAAGUGUCCAAUUUCCCGAAUUUCUGCUACGAUGAACGAACGUUGUCCACCGCAAUUACAAAACAAGGAAGCCUUAUCCAAGUUACUCCUUCUUGGGUUCGGUUAAUGCCAUAUUCUCACGGCUGUAAGCAAUUCAGUAAAUGGUCUCCGCCUAGUAUAGGUUCUCGGAUUGAUGUUGCCUACACAACUUCGAGUGUCUGUAUUUUAUCAUAUGAAAUAGGAGUUCUGGCAUUAUUGAGUGCUAACGAUCUGACACUUUCUAUAAAAAGGGAAAGGAAAUUCGAUGAUGAAAUAUCAUGUAUCUAUGUCAGUCCUGAAGUACCUAAUAAUUCAGGACCUGUUUUUGUGGCAAUUGGCCUAUGGGGAGGUCAGGAUGUCAAACUCUUGAAUAUUUCAGAUUUUUCGACGGUAUGGGAGAACAAGAUUGAAGCUGAUGCUGUGCCUAGAGAUGUGCGCUACACUAAACUUGGAGAACAUGAUUACUUUUUCGUUGGUUUGGACGAUGGAAGAAUGGUUUAUUUUUGCUCAAAAGAUGGCAUGAAAACUCAAAGAGAAGUCUCUAUUGGAAUUGGAAAAAUACAAUUCCAUUCUUUUGAAAUCAAUGGGGAAAACGCUAUAUUCGUUGCUUCUGAUAGACCCACGAUAAUUACCAGCUCUCAUGGAAGACUAGUAUAUUCUUCUGUCAAUGCCGAGGAAAUCUUUGGGUUCUGCACAUACUAUUCCCCAGACAAAGAGAAAUAUAAUUUGCUUGCAACUUCUACUGAGCUUAUGUUUGGGUCGAUUGACACCAAACGAAGCCUUCACGCAAUCAAAUUCCCACUAGACAAACGAAUGAGUCGCAGAAUAGCUUACCAUGAAGAUUCAAAAACAAUUGCCGUUGCAACUGUACAAACAAAAUUAAGAAAUGAGGUUAAUUUUAGCAAAGGAUGGCUACAGAUCUUUGAUGCAUACACUCUUAAAUGUGUUGAUACAAUUGAUCUUUUGGAAAACGAGUUGAUCGAAAGUUUGUUGUCUACAAAAGUAGAGGGAUAUGAUAUGUCUUUUCUUUUUGUGGGAACGGCUAUCCUUGAAGAAGAUGACUCGGAUCCAGAAAAUGGCCGCAUUUUAGUAUACAAAGUCUGUGAUCGACACACAUAUAGUUUAGUAGAUGCGGUUAAAGUUCCGGGUGUGGUGUAUGACAUUCAACCGAUCAAGGGCAGCAUUGUUGCUUCUGUUGUAGGAACUAUAUAUUACAUGUCUCACUUCAAUCCUGACGCGAAUUUGGGAGAACGAUUUACUAUGGUUCCUAAACUUGAUGUUAGCAACACCAUCCUAGCAAUUGACACAGACGACGACAGGAUUUUGACUGGUGAUUUGAUGCACUCGAUGGCCUUAUUGAAGAUGGAAGACUCGUCUGAAACCACACAACUGGAAAAGGUGGCCCGAGACUUCAACUCGAGCUGGAUGACGACCGUUAAGAUCCUAAGAGACGAUUCAUACAUUGGGGCCGACGCACUCUUGAAUCUGUUUACAUUAAAGCCGUCGAAACAGACGGAGGAUUGUGCAUUAGAGCGAAUGGAGGUGAUUGGAGAAUAUCAGCUUGGGGACUUGGUGAACAGGUUCCGAAGUGGAACACUCUCUGAAAAGAGUAGAGAAAAGCAAGAUGUUGUGAUUGAUCGAAACACAUUCCUAUAUGCCACGGUCAAUGGUGCGAUUGGAUCGAUAUCGAGCAUUUCGGUGAACGAAUACGAGCUUCUUUUGAAGAUACAACAACAACUGGAGACGCUUCCGUCGAUUGGAAGUCUGGAACACCGAAGAUGGCGAUCGUUUAAUAACGGUACUCGUACAGGUGAACCACGAGGAUUUAUUGAUGGAGACCUGAUCGAAACCUUCCUCCACCUCCCUAAAGAAAAAAGAAAUCGGGUAUACAAAUCCAUUGAUAAUCUUAACACCCCGUUGUCUGAUAUCAUUCAGCUUAUUGAGAGUCUAUCUGAUGUUCGUUAG